AACUGUAAAAAGUAUAAAUUAAACUUCUGUACUACGUAGUUUAAGUACAUGUGUCGAUUUAAAGAACAUUUUAUCCUCCGUAUAAAAGCAUUUCCGGUUUGUCUCAUCCUUGUAAUGCAAUAGCCGUGUGACGUUCAAUAAGGAAGUAAACAAAAAGUUCGGACUAUCUUCACGUUGCUGCUUUUCUGCUCCAAAAAUGUCGACAACAACCCCGAGACAGACGUUUGUAAACCCAACGAUUCCCUUCGCUGGGACGAUCCUGGGGGGUCUGUUGCCAGGGGAGAUGGUUGUGAUCCAGGGCUCGGUGCCGUCUGAUGCCGACAGGUUCCAGGUGGACUUCACGUGUGGCAGCAGCGUGAAGCCGCGGGCCGACGUGGCGUUUCACUUCAACCCGCGGUUUAAGAGGUCGCCGUGUGUCGUGUGCAACUCGCUGCAGAGGGAGAGAUGGGGCAAAGAGGAGAUCCUGUACGCCAAACCCUUCGCCGUCGGGGAGAAGUUCGAACUCAUCGUCCUCGUCCUCAAAGACAACUUUAAGGUGGCGGUGAACGGCGCUCAUGUUCUGGAGUAUAAACACCGCGUGGAGCUGGAGCGAGUCGACACUCUGUCCAUAUCAGGAAAGGUCCAGGUUGAGGCCGUGGGCGUCCUGCCGAGCAGCGUUGAAGUUUCGUCCACAGUCAGUCUGACCAAUAGGGAACAACCACAGAUGAGUCAGAAACCUCUUCAGACGCCAAUAAUCUCCUCAACAGGCAACUUGAGUAUUCCCUUCAGAGGGGAGCUGGAUGAAGGUCUGAUCGUCGGACGCAGCAUCACUAUUAAAGGAGUAACCAAUCACAACGCUCAGAGCUUGGCUGUGAACCUGCGAGUGUCCGGCAGCAGUGACAUCGCUCUUCAUCUCAACCCUCGUUUGAACAAAGAGCUCUUUGUCAGAAACUCCUUCAUAUCGGGGUGCUGGGGCCCCGAGGAGAAGAAGCUGGACUCCUUCCCCUUUAGGGCCGGGGCCUACUUUGAGAUGAUUAUCCUGUGUGACCGGCAGCAGUUCCGAGUGGCCGUUAACGGGCAGCACCAGCUGCUCUACAAGCACCGCGUCCAGGACCUGAGGCGCAUCACACAGCUGGAGGUGCUGGGAGACGUCACGCUGGACGCCGUCAACUUUUUUGAUAAUUGAUGAAGAAUUGUUUUAAUUUAAGAACAACUGAAUUUAAUGUUUUAUCCAGCUCUGUCUGUCAAAUUAAACUGGAAAAAUGGGAUCAACAUUUUUACAAUAAUUACAUGAUGAUAAUAUGCAGUUUAAGCAGUAAAUAGAUGAAUGCUAAGUUUCAUCCUUAAACCUGUAAAGUCUCUCAAAGUGUUUUUAAAAUGGUCUUUUGAU